AGAAAAAUUAAAUGUAGCCAAAAAAGUAAAUGAGCUCUAUAUAGACAGCCUUCACUGCUGCAGCCGACAACGCUGCUGUUGCUGCGGUCGCUAUUAGUGAAAAGUGCCAAAAAUACCAAAAUCGAUAGUUUAAAUGAGUUUGUAAGCGACGGCGACUGAUUGCAAAGAGGGACAAAAUAUAAAUUAAGUAGUGAUAAUUAUUUGCCUCAAAUAACUAUACAAUUUUUAAAUGCUUAAAUGAGCUUACAUUAACAUAUUGCAACAAGCAAAAAGUGUGUUACGACGUUUUUAAAAGACAAUUCAUAUAUUGUAAGCGAAAAUAUCCUUAUAGCCAAGGGUACUAACUUAAUCCACUCUAAAGAAUUGGCUAUUGCACUCAAAUGGUAAAUGUAUGUGUUGAAGUAUCUCAAAAGAAGCAAUCACCAUCAUUAGACGGAGACUGGUUACGACAAGAUCAAUUCCUUGAACCGUAUAGAUAAACUGGAGCAGCCAUAAUCACGUUAUCGUUGAUAUUAUAUUUAUGCUUGUUCAUGGUGGACAUUCAAGACGCGAAGAUUUGUGUAUGAUUGAGUUAGUCUAAAAAUAUUUAAAGCAAUAUAAGGAAGUACACUUUGUAUAUACUGCUGAUCAAUCGUACUCAAGAGGCAUUACCACUAAAAGAUGCAUCCGUACAAGUAUCAAGUAUAAACAUAUAUUCAAAUAAAUACCAAAAAUAACAAAAACAACAACAACCAGAAAUAUUUAGGUGCUGUGCUCUAUUUAUUAUACAAAUAUGUAACUAAUAUAACCGUUAAAAAUAUAGCUUAUUAUAAACUGUUUGCUCAUCAGUAGCAACAAAUCAAACUCUUCCAUAAUUAAAGCGCGUAAAAUUAAAUUUAAGAUAUUUUACUAACCCGACACACAGACAAUUCGCGGUGCCAGCAAUAGAUGUACGUAGUAGGUCGAAUUAUUACCAAAAAAAACAGUUUAGAUUUUAAUUCUCUUUCGCGAUAUUUACACUGUAAGCCAAGCAUUCGCAUUAGGAUGCGUUUGUAAUUGAAAUGAAUGUUUUCGUAACAACUGCAAGUCUAUUAAUCUAAUCUAAAGUAAUUUAAUUAGAAAUCUCUUAAAAGAAAUGGUAAAAAGCAAACACAAUAAAGUGAACAUUUAAAAUAAAUAAAAGUAAAACCAAACAACAUUUAUUAGCGCAAAGGAAAUAUAGAGUUAUGUAUUUGCUAAAAGAAGUAAAGAACUUUGUAUAAAUUAUAUGAAACUAAUGCCCUUAAUCAAAGUGUUGUGAAUUUCGAAUAAAAUCGGAUAUUUAAUGUAACCAAAGUAAAAUUACAACGCAAAUGACUUAUGCAUUUCUAAUUGCAUAUGUUUUAAGUAUUUUAAUAGUUUGAGGAACACAGUAAAAUGCAUGCAAUUUAAAUAAACGAAUAUAAUCAAUCAGCUUAAACCGAACAUUAUCGAGCUUCAGAAGAACAACGCGGCGCCGCACAACCGCGCUGAGUCUAAAUUUAAAAAAAAACUUUAAUUAGAAGCAUAUUUUAACAAAAACAAUUAGACAAACAACAUAUAAGUAAUAUAAAAACGCAUACACUCACUUAAAGCGAAGCACGACGAAACUAAAAGUUCCCUCAUAUUUAUACUCAAUCUUAACCCCAAGCCACGGUAAGAAGCGCCCUCACACAGCUGACUUCAGCAGGUAUCUUUAUUUUAACCAAUAAUUCUACAAACUGAAAAUGCUUGUGCUUUAACGAGUAGUAGUUGUUCGAGUGCAUAUGUGAGUAGUUAAGCAGGUUAAGAUAUAAUUUGCCGAGUGCAGCCGUAUUUGGCUGUUUGGCUGUUGGCCAAAUAGGCUUCAUUUUAACAAGGCACUUGCCCUUCGAAAGUUAAGGGAGCAUUCACAUACACCCGCAUACAUACACUUCUAACGGGAAACGACCUUCGCGUGCACCGAAGCUUCGUGUCGUCUACGCUUUGUUGAACAAUUCGCUGUAAAAAGUGUUGAGACAACUACUGGAAAGGCAGGGGUGCAAAGCUGCGAGUACAAGGUGAAGACUAUCACACAACCGCAUCGGAAAGCGGACAGUUGUUUUGAAAUACGAAAUGAAAGCGUCAUGAGUGUAUAUAAGGCCAUUCGAAAAUGCAGGAAAUGAGUUACCUGCAAGAUAAUUCCAAAUUGGAGGCACUUACGAAAGCUGUACUCAUAUCCAUUCUCGGCGUCGCCAUCGUCAUAUCGAAUCUUCUCAUUAUAGCCACUUAUGCCAACUUUAAAGGUCCUACAGAGGUCAUCAACUACUAUCUGCUGUCGCUGGCUGUUGCGGAUCUACUUUGCGGUUUAUUGGUUGUGCCCUUCUCUGUGUAUCCUGCAUUGACGGGAGAAUGGAUGUAUGGCGAUAUUGUAUGCCGCUUCACCGGCUAUCUGGAGGUGACACUGUGGGCCGUAUCUGUAUAUACAUUCAUGUGGAUCUCUGUGGACCGAUAUUUGGCCGUGCGGAAGCCUCUUCGCUAUGAGACUGUGCAGACAAAAACCAGAUGCCAAUGCUGGAUGGUGUUUACAUGGAUUUCGGCCGCGUUACUAUGCUGUCCACCGAUUCUAGGCUACACGAAGCCCAUCACGAACAAUGUGACGCAUAUUUGCAUGCUUGACUGGGGCAAUAUGGCGGCGUACAGUGCAACUCUGGCAAUUUUAGUUUUAGGUCCUAGCGUUAUAUCCAUAGUACAUAAUUAUGGUUACAUUUUUGUAAUGAUGCGAAAACUUAAAUCGGGCGAACCUAUACAUGAUAAAGAAUAUGCAACCGCAUUAGCUGAAAAUUUAUCGAAUCCUAGUCAUAUGAUGUCAUUCGUAUUAGUGUUUGCAUUCUGGAUGUCGUGGUUGCCAUGGAUGGUGCUGCGCUUCUACGAAGUGGUGACCGGUGAUGUUAUCCAAAGUACUCUUAUUAAUUUUCUGGUCGUUUGGAUUGGCGUGCUGAAUUCAUUUUGGAAAAUCAUCAUUAUGACCAGUAUGUCGCCGCAAUUUCGGAUCGCACUUAGAGUAUUUUGUUUAACAAUUUGUUGUAAGACUAAGGGCCGUUUGCAAGCGGAACUAAUCGGAUUGGACCCAGAUGACUAGAGUCGUUAGAUUUUCCACAGUAUGAACGGUUAAAUUAAUUUUCACAAUUGGCUUACCUUUCCUCAAUUUUCCUAACAAUUUCAAUUUACAAUUCGAAAUCACACUUUUGAAAAAUCAUGAUGAAGCACGUCUUUAUCAAUCAGUUACAAUCAAAUUAAAUAAACCAUACAUAUGUACAUAUACAACUUAGUAGGGCAAUAUACGUAAUUGCAUGCCUGACCUAUGCAUAUGUAUAAUGGAUGUAAUUCAAAUGUGAAUUUUUUUUUAAAUAUUCAAUUCUGUGAAAAACUUUGAGCAUAAAGCGGUGGCAAUUAUAAUGAUAACUACAACUUAUUUACUUGUCGGUGCGUUUAAUACAUACGAAAACGUGCAUGUGCAUGUCCGUGUCAACAUUUGUUGCUCUGCUUGUAGAAAAGUUGGUACGUACAUAUGGAAACUUUUGAAAAUCAACUACAUUUUCCUGCAUUAGUUUCCAAAUGCGAUAUACCAAAAAUAAAUUAUAAUUUUCCUUUGUUUUUAUCUCAUAAAAGUACAUUACAUCGUAAGUAGUACUAUUCAAGUUUAAGUUAGCUUAAGAUUUCGACGUUUUAAAAUUCGUUGCGCAUUUCGAAAUGUGAAUGCAUCUAUAUACUUGCAUAUUUAUGGUAUAAACAUAAGGAUAUACAUAUGUACGUACAUAUAUACUUAUGGAUGAAUGUACGCUCAUUUCAGAGCCAUAGGAACGUACAUACAACGUGCAACGUAUGUAAAUACUUAUAUCGUUUGUUACAAAUAAUUUUUAAAAAAUAUAUUACAUAAGGCAUUUCACAUGAUUACAUACAUAUGUUUUUGUAAUUGUUGAUUUUUUGCAUAAAAUCGAAAAACACAUUGUUAUAGCUUUCUAUUUAUCUUCACGGUUGUAAAAUUGAUUAGUAAUCCCUGAGUGGAGCGGCUUAUAUGAAUGUACUGAGUAGAAUAAAAUACCUGUGGAAUAAUUUUUUAUAAAAGCAAGAAUGGCGAUAUCCUACGAGAUUUCAGAUUUCGAAUUAUACAUACAUACAUACAUAUGUACUUAUUUGCUUUACUUACUUAAUUCAAAGCACUCAACCAAUGAUGCAAUUGGCUACCUUUGAUUCACAACAACAUUAUAAAGAUUACCGCACUUUGGAAAGAAUUGAAAGGGGACACCACACUAACUUCAACUACACCCCUAGCAUUCUUAUCUUUAAUUAGCAGGGAGAGCUAGCGGAGAUAUACUUAUGUUGAAGGCCGAAUAGUCAGCUCCAAUGGGUUAGUUUCAAGCUCUCGGAGAUAAGGCGAAUUAAGAUCGUUUAGUGGAACAAUUAGAACGUAACAUUUGUGUUUUCAUGAUUUUUCGUUUACUAGCGAAUUAUAAACGCAUUAUUUGCACUCGCGCUAUGCUUUUGUGGAAGCAAAAAUCUUACAUGAGAUACGCAUAACAUUUUAUCCUUUUUCCUUAGUGGGAUAAAUACAGUCUCCCUUUGAGUGCAGCAUUGCGUUUAUAAACGGAAAGUUUCAAUAAUUUGUUAAAUACUUAUAUACAUACAUACAAUCAUAACUACAUUUAUACAUAUAGGUUUAUAUUUACGUGUUGUUUAAGUAUUUAAGGUAUGUUUUUGUAAAAUUCGAAUUUAUUUUGAACAUAAUAGAAGUUUAGUAUUGAGAAUUAAGGAUUUCAUGCGACUGUUAAACUGAUGAAUAUUUAAUAAACAAUUUUAUCAUCGCGUUAAACCAUA